CAAGGAACCAGAUGAAUAAUAUGAUGAAGAUGGAAAUCUUGUACCAAGCAAGAAUAAGAGAAAUAGGGUUGGACCUCCAGAAGUGGGAGAUUGGGAGAAGGCUGAGGUCUUUGUGGAGUUUCUAAGAGUAUUCUAUGAUGUCACAUUGAGAGUUAGUGCAUCAUUGCACCCCACUGUACACACAACUUUCCAUGAUGUGAUUACCAUUUAAAAAAACAUAGAGAACAUGUUUUUGGCACCUAAGAUUGCUAGUGGAUCAGAAACUGAGAAAAUAUUGAUGGAUAUGGCAGCCAACAUGAGAUCUAGAUGGUUAAAGUACUAUGGUUCAUUUCAUGAAAUCAAUCACAUGAUCAUCAUUGGCCUUGUAUUAGAUGCAAGGUUCAAGUUGAAGAAUGUGACUCACAUCUUUCAAACUGAAGGUUUAGAUGAUGAUGAGGUGUAGAGAAGAACCUUGGAAAUUAAAACCCUUCUACUUGCUCUCUAUGAUCAGGUAUUACACUAGGUCCAUACUUCCAUUGUUUGAAUUUCAGUUGCUUACUUGGUUUCAAAUAUAUAUUAAUUUCUGUCUUUUUUUGUCUUAGUAUGUCCUGGUUGUAGAUGGAGGUAGACACCUACAAAGGCAGCAAUCUCCAAGCUCUUCGUCUAGCACGAAAACAAGUAGAAGCAGCAGAGGAGGAGUUAGAGGCCAGCUGCUCAAUAAUUGGAAGAAGGUUGUUGAAGAAAGCAGUGAGGCAGUGGUAGCACAUGAAGUGGAUCAAUACCUGGAUGCUCCAUUGGACCUAACUGAUGAUGAAGAUUGCUUUGACAUCCUGUGCUGGUGGAAGAUAAAUGGCUGCAAGUUUCCAGUAUUGGCAGCAAUAGCAAGGGAUGUUCUUGGAAUUUAGACCUCCACAAUGGCCUCAGAGUCUUGUUUUUCAACAAGAGGCAGAGUGAUUGACUGUUUUAGGAGCUCAUUAACUCCUAAAACAGUGGAGGGAUUGAUUUGCAUGCAGAACUGGUUGCUAGGUGAUGAUAUUGCAGAGGUUGUCGAUGAUUGCUCAAUUGAAAACCUUGAGUUUUAUGAAGAAGUUGAGAAAGACCAUGAAAGCACUGCAUCUAGCAAAACUAAUGUGUGUCCAGCUCCAAUUCCAAGAGAAAAAGGCAAGGGAAAGCUUGAGGCAGUAGGGAUAUACUGGAAUCAAGUUCUACUUCAUCCUACUCUAUCAGGGAACAUUUUAACAGAAAGUACCUAUCUUGUGACCAAUGAUCUUUUUCCAUGCUCUAGUUGUGGAAAAUAAAUUCAAUCUAUUGUGGGUGAAUUUGAUAUUUUUCUGACAUGCCAACUUGUUUGUUAAGGAUCCUUAUGCUGCCUAGCCUUCAUUAGAUUUGAGGGAUGAAAGGAUUGUGACUCGGUUCCUGCUAUGGAAGUCGUAAGUAGAGGUUGGAAACUGCAGGCAAUUCUCUACAGUUAAGACUUCCAAGGACGGACACUCGAUCCCGUUAUUACCGGUGUAGAAGCUUGUGAGCUGCUGAAGAUGCAUCAAAUAUAAGCGACUUAACUGUGGCAAAAUUAUUUUGUUCACUGUUCCCUCCCCUGCUCCAAUGAUCGUCUCCAAACAACUGCAACUGUCUACAACAAGCUUCUCCAAUUGCAAGAGACUCUGAGAUACAUCAGAUCUGAAGACAUAUUUCAAUUUGCUGCAUCUUGUAACUUCCAAAAAUUGAAGAUUACGGAAGAUUGCAUAACCAGCAGGACUGCAUAUGUUUUCCAGUUGCGGUAGAUCCCUCAACUUGAGAGAUUUAAAUUUUCUCAACUCGAUUUGUUCCUGCCUAAAAUCUUCCGACCGAAACACAUAUUCCACACGUGAUGCAUUUGAAAUAACAAGUUGUUUCAGAUUUUGCAAUUUUUGUAACAAAUUUGUUGGAAGUAGUGGAUUCAACAACUUAUGACA